AUGGCGCACGCGCCGCUAGCAGUGAUACAUGGAAAGCACCACGAGUCUCUCGAGGAGUCAACGCAAAGCAAGAACCCCACUCACAGACGCGCGAAUCUGGGGACUAGAAGCACGAAUACCAUCGUCGUCGAGGCACACAACACCAACAGGGCAGCCAGAGGAAAGGCCGAUCUGGACGCUGCUCCUACUACCAUGACGAAGGUAGUGCGCGUCACGCUCGCAGGGAACACACGGUCGUCGCUGCUGUUGAAUUCGAUGUGCGGAGAAGAGGAAGACAAGGUGCUACUGUUGGAUGAAGCGGGUGAAGCUCUUGAUUUUUCACUGGGCACAACGACAGGACGCGAAGAAGAUGAAGAUAUCACGCAUGGAUAUAGCUGUGGGUGUGGUACGAUUUCCCACACCUCCACUUCCACCUCCACUUCCACAACAACGGCCAGCUCCAUGCACACAUCCACCGUCUUCAUAACCACCCUCUCCUACACAAACCCCAGUGCAUCUCGCACCCGAUUCCCUCGCUCCAACAUCCCCUCCCCAUCGGCCUCACCAGCACCAGCACCCUCCUCCUCCUCCUUCUACUUCUUCCACCCACAUCAUCACCAUCCAACGCCCCUACAACCAUCAACCUCGCUUUCACCAACCCCAUCUUCAUACACAGCGGAAACACUGGAAUCGGGAUCGCCAUCACCGCUCUCGAAAAUCAUCCUCGCACUCGCGUUCAUAAUCAUGGCCGUGAGCGGUGCGUGGGUCGCAAUUGUGUAUUGGGUCCAGUUUCCGCCGGGGUGGGUUGUCGGUAGCAAUAACCCCCGCAGACGGGAAGUUGGCUGUAAGGCAAGAGGUAGUGGGGAAGGAUGGAGGCUGUGGUUCAAAAGCGGAUUGUGGUUCGGGAAGGGAGUGGAGGGAGUGAAGACGGGGGAUGUGUCGGGUGGGUAUUUUCGUCUGGGUGGUGAGUGCGGUGAUGAUGAUGAGGAGGGGGAGGAGAAGCACGAGGGAUAUAUUUCAGACGGGGAGGACGGCGUGCUUGGGAGGAGAAACGAUGACGAUGUCGAUGUCGAAAGCGCUUCUGGUUUUUCCGCCGGUGGGAAUGGGAUGGAGAGUGCGAUGUCCACGGCUACGUUCUUCGGCGACGGCUAUGGAUAUGCGCACGGCGAGAGUGUUGAAUUGAGGGCUAGGAGGGGCCAGAUCGCGCAAUGGAAACAACAAGAAGAAGAAGCGCGGUCCUGCUGGUCUUUGGAAGGACUACGCAGUCCUGAUACUCCUCCUAAACGCACACCCACACGCACAGCAGCCACAACACCGUCGCCAUCCUCUCCCUCCCAGACGAACGCGCACAAAACCGCACACCGUGAGUGUCCUCACGGAACCAGCCACACAAAGGUAUCAGACGACGGAACAAAUCCCACACACAAACUUCGCAUCAACCUACCCUCCUCGCACCACCCUGCAAUCGAAUCUCCAAUCGACCCUCCAAUUACCAUCUACUCCCCAACCCAAAAACCACCUCUCACUCCUUCCCCUCCCUCGUAUUCUUCCCCUUCCCCUUCCUCGCCGCACAACCCAUUCCUCCCCCCUCCCCUUCCCGAUUCAACACCCCGUCUUCAUCUCAAACAGCGCCGCAACAGCGCGACCUGGCUCCGCGAGCGCGAAGCCUUCUUCUCAUCGACGACGACGCCUUGGGACUUUACCCCGAACGAUCCAAACCCAAACCCAAAUCCAAAUCGAAACCCAGUCCCCGGCAUCCCGUCUCCAGGCUACUCCUCCACCGACUCCCCCACAGACCUGGAAUCCCAACAAUCACACUUCCUCCCAACCCACCACCACCCCCGGCGGGCAGGCGCAAGGGCAAGCAAAACCGGACCGCAAAAGGGGCGCCACCAUCGCCGCCGAGGAGGAGGAGGAGGAGGAGGAGGAGGAGGAGGAAACGGGAAAGGAGAAGAAAGGAGUGCAAAAACCUGGCUCGAAGCCGUCGACGGUGCCGUGAACCGGGUCGUGGAUAAGAUGGUGAGGUGGACGGACGACAGAGAUGGGGACGAGGGGUUGCUGCUUCCUGUGGCCGAGCAGUGA